AUGGGUAAAUCAAAAUUCUAUCAAUUAAUUUUAAUCCAAAUUUCAUUAAUUAAUUAAUCAUAUUUUCAGAAUUAGGUGGUAAUAGUGGAGUGGCGAGUGGUGUGGCGUGUGUGGUUACACCCACUCUGGCUCCAACUGCCGUUAAAAUGCAACAACAGCAGCAGCAACAACAGCAACAUCAAAAAACAAGUGGAGAUGAUCGGCGGAUUUCGUUGAGACGAGAACAUACACCAACUAAUGAAAGAGCUUUGGCGGAUGUUUCAAAGCAGGUAUGUGGGAAUUGGGGUAAUGGUUGGAACUGGGUCAUAUAAAUCUAACAUAAAUCGAUUUUUUUAUUUUGAAAAUUAGGAAAUUUUUCUUUUUUUUCUUAGCACAACUCAAAUUUGUCAAAUCUAAAUCUAAGAUUCAUAUUUUCUCCAAACAUUACAAAAAUGAUCAGUUUUGUUUUUUUUUUCAUGUUUUUAAAAAAAUUUUGAAGAAAUUAUCUCACGUUUUUACAAUUUCAAUAUACACAACUUUCUCACGUUUUUAUGAAUUAUAAAUGUUAUUGCAAAAACACAAAUACAGAGUUCUAUGAAAUUUGAUUCUUAUAUGUGUGACUUGGGGAUUUCUCUCAACUACCCCCCAAAACAACAUGCAACAAGAAAAUCAAGUUUUUUUUUCAGGAUUCUCUCGGCGAACGAGCUUCAUCAAAACUAACCCUAGAUGACGAACUUUAUGACAUUUUAUAUGCUUUUGGGUAAGUCGCAAAGUGCAUUUUAUUAACCAGAAAAAAAGUCGAAAAAAUUUGGUGUGAUUUUUUUUUUGGUGAGGGUAUACAUAAUUUCAUCGGGGAAUUGGUCGUUUUUCUUUUUUCGUGACAAGUUUGGUCGCGUGGGGUCGCUUUCUGAGGUCUUUGUUGCGUGUUUAGUUUGAAUCAUGUCGGCUCGUGUAAUUACGGCAAGUCAAGGCUCAUUUGAAAGAAUGCAGUUGCAAUGGAAUAGUGUUUCGACUAUUAGUAUUCUUUCUUGUAUUUUUGAUCUACAUAGGUAAGAAAUGAGUGGGGGUUUUUUGAGAUAUUAUUUGUCUUGGUUUUAGAUAUUUUAGUUUUUGUGCAAAUUCCUCUUGAAAUAUUGUGACAUGAAAAAUACUAUACUGUGGAUUUGGAGUAUAUUUUUUGUAGGAAAAUCAAAUAAUCUUGAAAUAGAUUUCAAAAUUAUUUACUUUUUAUAAUUUGAAAACUCAAAAAACAGCGUGUCUUCUGAAAUUCAGUUUACAUUAUCCCAAAAAAAAAUUUCCGUUGUGGUUUCUUCAUUUUCAGUUUUUUACAAACCAGAAACCAGAAAUCCUAUACAUUGUUUCAUGUCAUAUUUCUUUUUUUUUCAAAAUUGAGAAACCAAACAAUUGUUCAUAACAUAACACUUGUGUAGUUUGAUAUUGAAACAAAAUAUUUUUGGGAGAAGCUUUUUCCGAAAAAAUCAGAAUCGUAAAAUUGACCUCGUUCUCACACCAGAUUUAAAAGAAUUUUCAUGGGAAUUAAUCAAAUGUUUAUAGUGAUCAAUCAUUCUUCAAAAAAAGUGUUCUCCCUUUUCCCAGAAUUUUUUUCUGACAAAAAAAUUGCGAAAAUCUGAGAUUCUCAUCCCCAUCAUUUUUUGACUUGCACACACAAAAAAAGCACAUUCAAACUUUUGGAAAGGAAUACAACUUGUUCACAACUUGUUGUUUGGCAUGUCACAAUCGUCAUCUCCCGAGGGAGCAGGUUUCGACCCUUCAACAGAAACAACAGCCCCAAAAAAACACUUCUUCUUCACUUUUUUUUGUUCUAGCCGCUACCAUUUUUCAUUUUAUUCAUUUUAUUUUAUUCUGUUCCGUUUUAUUCCAUCAAGAAAAAGUGACCCCUCCCAGCACUAAAAGACAACGAAAAAAACAACAUUUUUGUUGGAUCAGAGAUAAAUAUUGCGAUUCAUCAAACGUAGCGGCCGACAUGUGGAUAAGAAAAGAAAGAUCGUGAGAAAAAGAAACAAGAAAAAAUAAGAGAGAAGGACCAUCAUCAUCAUUAUUGAAAAAAUUGAAGAAGAAGAAGAAAAAGAAGUUGCUAUCAUAUUAUUAUUAUUAUUAUUAUUUUAAUUUUCAUUAUUAUUUUUUCCUUCUUCAUAUUUCAACAAUCACUCGCUUACUCUAUUUAUUCAUUCCUCCUUAUUUUAACUCAUUUUAUAACUUUUAAAAAACGGGUUCAAAUGUAUCAUGAAUGGAAUUGAAAUAUUGCCUGAAGGCUUGCGGAAUAAUCCGCUUGUUCAACGGCGUUCUUCGGUUUUUCAUGAUUUGAUGACUGUUUUCCGGAAGGGGACAGUUAGUCGAUUUGCUAAAAAUUCUCUUGAUUGUAUUCCUUCCGCGUUUUUGGGUGGAUCGAGUGAUCCGAAUAUGUGAGUUAUUGGAACUAUUGGUGGCGAGGAAUUGGUGUUCUCAAGAUUAGUAGUUAUAUGUUCUGCUUUUAGAAUUAAAAAAAAUGACAUCAUCAUAAUUCGUGUUAUGUCCGAUUUAUAACUUCAGAUAUUUUAAAAUUCAAUCGAUAUUAUUCAACAUCGUCAAUUCAUCAAAAAUCUCCCCAUCCUAGACUUUUUUUAAUUACUUGUUUUGCUGAAACCUCAAAGCUCAUACCAAUUCAAAUAACAAAAACAGCCGGAAAUUAAUUGUGGGUGUUGUUGUUCUCAAAAGCAACACAGGAUGAUGACAGCCAGAAAAAAAAAUGAUUAAACUUACACGAUAAAACAGUUGUCAUUUUUAUUUUGAAACAAUUGACAAAUUUCAUUUUUUGCAGCGAAACUGAUGCAUUUCUCAACAAAGGUGACAAACAACGAGAAACCGAUGAGGAUGGAAAUCCACUCACUAGACAGGUUUAUUAUUAUAAAUUUAGUUAGUGAAACAUUGAAUAACUUUUCUAGGCACUUUUGGAACGAAUACGACAGAAAAAAGAGGUUAUUGGAAAAUUGAGAUGUCAAGCAUGGAGUAUGACAAGGAAACGGAGAACGCUGAAAUUAGCGCAAAAGUAUCUGGAACAACAUGAAUCGAAAGUUUCGCGAAGUCAUUUAUAUAUGGAAGAAAUGAGAAAACGGGGACGACUUAUGAAAAGGAGCUUUUCAAAUUUCAAAACAUAUCUUAUACCAUGGGAAUCGAAAAUUAAACGGAUUGAGAGUAGGUUUUUUGAAUAAAGGGAGGGUAGGGUAGGGUAGAUGACCUGUAACUACUCACAAAUCUUCCAAACCUCAAUUUUUUACAGGUCAUUUUGGAUCGGUUGUAUCUUCAUAUUUCACAUUUUUACGAUGGAUUGUUUUUGUGAAUGUUGUCAUCACUUUAAUCGCUUUUUCAUUUGUUGUUUUACCAGAGGUAUUGUUUUUUCUCUCAAUAAUUGCGGACUUCUACAAACCCAAUAAAAUUAUUAUAGACAAUCGCUGAUUACAUGGCAACUCCAGAACGCGUUAACUAUACGAGAAGUCGAAAAGAAAUUCCGCCAAACGAAUUAGCAAGAGCUGAUGAGUUGGCUGUGGUUUGGCAUUAUGAUGUGAGUUCUCAUCACGUCUGAUCAUUUUCAAUUCUCUGAUUUCCAGGGUUAUCUACGGUACUCAGCUUUGUUUUAUGGUUAUUAUUCGGAUGAGCCUUAUGGGAAAGGAAAACAGUAUGCUUUACCGCUGGCGUAUUUUCUGGUUACUUUAUCGAUUUUUGCUUAUAGUUUUUUUGCAAUCUUGAGGAAGUGAGUUUUUUUGGGAAGAGGGAAGGGAUUCGUUUGAAAAAUUGAUCCGAAAUCUUUUUAAAAAUCUUUCCCAGAGUUUUUUAAAUAUUCCUUUUUCAAAUUCCCUUUCCAGAAUGGCUGCAAAUGCUCGAAUGUCAAAACUAUCUGGAAGUAAAGCUGAACAAUACAUUUUCAACUGGAAAUUAUUCACCGGAUGGGAUUAUUCAAUUGGAAACUCGGAAACGGCAAGCAACACAGUUAUGGCAGUAGUUAUCAAAUUGAGAGAAUCAGUAGCGGAUUGUAAAAAAGAUGCUCAUGACAAAUUUCAGCUUCUGCAAUUUACUUUGAGGUAAACAAUUUUCUAAAAAUUUCUAGCUUAACAUUUUUUUUUCAGAGUUUUUGCAAAUAUUGUUAUCUUUGCAAUGUUAGGAUUUUCAAUUUAUUUGAUCAUGUUAGCUGUUCACAAAUCAGCUGAAACAAAAACUGAUAGCAAUUUAUUCACAAAAAAUCAAGUUCCUUCUGUCGUCUCAACAAUUACCCACGUCUUCCCAAUGAUUUUCGAUUUGAUUGGUCGAAUGGAAAAUUAUCAUCCUAGAACUGCUCUUCGAGCACAUCUUGGAAGAGUUCUAAUUUUGUAUACGGUUAAUUAUAUCACUCUAAUUGUCGCGCUUUUUGAGAAAACCAACAAGGGCGCAUUCGUCCCAUCAGCUUCAGCUUUGAAAAAUGAAACACGGCAUAAACGACAGCUUGGAAGUUGGAAUCCGGUAUGUUUUUAAUUUUUACUCAUUUUCGAAUUUCAAAUGAUUUCAGGAUAUCCCCCGAGUAGCACCGUAUGCUAGCCAAUCCGAAAAUAGUCAAAAUUUCGCUGCUUACAUGGAAGAAAAUCGACGAAAAUUUCAAUCUGUUCAUCAAAGAACUACACGAGCUAUCACUACUCCUUAUACUGUUGCACCACAAUAUGGACCAUUCAAUGUGAAUAAUCCUAAUGCGAUUUUUCAUAAUGGUAGUUUUGGAGGUGGAUUUGAAACGCAGAGACUUGGCCCGAAAAUGUUGCCAAUUUUUACACCGCCGCCAAGAACUUAUCCGCCACAUAUUCCUGGAAAAGUUGGGCAGGUAGGAAGAAUUUUGGGAGUAGAGGGCUAUGGUUUUUAUUAUAGAACGCAUUUCUAGAUAUUGAAACAGAUUCUUGAAUUCAUCCUGAAUUCAUAUAAAAGAUCAUAAAAAUAUUCAAACAACUUUUUCCAGUCCUAUGGUGGUCCUGAUUUCAAUCGACUCUUUACAAAAUCAACACCUCUUCCUCGAGUCCGUACAAAACCACCUUGGGAUCAUACAACAACAAUUCGGCCGCCUUCGACUGAUUCAAAAACCGCUUUAGUUCGACCUGACCCUACUGGACCUGCGAAUAUCAACAAUACUGCAUCAGGUGAAGCUGUUCAAAUUUCCAGUAAUGAGAAUGAAGAAAGUCGAAAUAAUAUGGAUGGUGGGUUUUUUUCACGUUUUAUGAAUCACCCAUGAAGUUGUCAAAUAUGAACUAUUUUUAGAUUCGACAGUCUCACCAGCUGCAUUGCCUGUAUAUCAAAAUGAGCAAAAUGAAAAUUGCUGGGAGACUAUCAUUGGUCAAGAGAUAGUGAAACUAGUUACUAUGGAUUUGAUUUUCACUAUCGCUUCAAUUUUAGUUAUUGAUUUUUUGAGAGGUUUAUGGAUCAAAUAUUGUAGUUCAUGGUGGUGUUGGGAUAUUGAAACAACAUUUGUGAGUUUUUUUUUCAAUUUUGAAAUCAUAAAAAGCCUCAUAAAACAUUUCCAGCCAGAGUACGGAGAAUUCAAAGUUGCUGAAAAUGUGUUGCACAUUAUUAAUAAUCAAGGCAUGAUUUGGCUUGGAUUAUUUUUCUCCCCUCUCCUCCCAGCUAUCAACAACAUCAAACUAAUCAUUCUGAUGUAUAUUCGAGGAUGGGCUGUGAUGACUUGUAAUGUUCCUGCUCGUGAAAUUUUCCGAGCUAGUAGAUCAAGCAAUUUUUAUCUGGGAAUUUUGUUGAUUUGGCUUCUUUUAUGUACAAUUCCUGUGGGAUAUGUUAUUGCAUCAAUGAGUCCAUCAAAAUCUUGCGGACCAUUUGCAAAAUAUAAGCAUUACUAUACAGUUUUGAAAAGUGUGAUUGUGGCUCAGAUUGAUCAAAAGGUUUUGGAUUAUGCUCAGCAUAUUGCAUCGCCUGGUAUUGUCAUUCCAAUCAUUCUGUUUUUGAUGUAAGUUGGGGGAAAACUUUUUUUCAUUAGAAAGUCAUUGCGAAAUAUUUUAUUUGAGUGAAGUUUGAUGCUCUAGAAUUAUGAAAAAUGGGUUCAAAAAAUGAGCUCACAAAAAAUAUUGUUAUUUUCCUAGGCUGAUCAUCUACUUCUUAUUCUCAUUGGUUCGUGGACUUCGUGAAGCCAACACUGAUCUCCAACAACAACUUGUCCACGAAAGAACUGAAGAAAAGAAGAAAAUCUUUGAACUCGCAGGUGGAAAAAAGAAUCGUCUAGACAAAGAGCGCGAUAAAAAACGACCAAAUGAAUAUGUCCCGUUAAUUGAGCAAAAACGACGAGAGCCCUGGAGACAAUAUAAUGAGGUUAGUUAGCGGAAGAAUUUUUUGAUCCCUGCAUUUAUUUGUAAUUAUUUAUGUUUAGUCAGUUUAGUUCACAAGCAUAAUUUAUACAAUAUUUUGUAUAUUUGAAAAAAAAAAGCUGCAAAAAUUCAAAUCGUGAGAAAAAUAAAAAUGAGAUUACAGAUGGAAAAUGAGCGAUGUCUUGCAUCCGAUUCAUCUGAAGAAUCAGAUGUUGAAGAAGAUGAAGAUCCAACUCCAAUCAUUGCAAGACCAUUACAAUACCACGAUAGUCCACCCGAAACGUUGCAAGUUACCGCAUUCCAUCCGUCUCUAGGAAGUUUGAUUGAGAAUCGGGAACUUGAAGAUGAAGAAUCUGAGCCAGCAAUGAUUCAUAAAUCAGUGUCAUAUCAAGGUGCACCAACAUCUCAAAUGCAAUUUAGUUCUUCAACAGAAAGUUGUUCGCAAUUGUCAAGAAGUGUUAUUCAAAUUGCAACGCCGGAAGAGAUACGGUAAGUGGGAAAAUAGUGGAAAGCUGGUGAGGAAACGGCUGUAUGUGUUGGUGAAAAAAUAGUUGCUUGGUUUAAAUUUUUAAAGAGAAUCGGAAGAAUUUUUUUUAAGUUCUUGAAAUGUUCCAAAUUUAUUUUUGAAAUCAUCAGAGUAUACAAAUUGAAAAUAUACAAUUUUUAGUCAGAAAUUUGACAUGAAUUUGAUUUCUGAAUUCUAAAUGAAUGAGAUUCGGGUGAAUUAAAAAUGAAAAAUAUAUAAUUUGAUAAUAUUUUAAAACUUAUUUCCAACAAUUUUAUUUGAAAAAUUUUUAUAUUUUAUUUAUUUUAUCCAAAUUCCCCUAAACCUUAACCUAUAUUGUUCCAUUGUUGUGUUGUGUUUGUGCAUGAAAAAAUAAACCAAGUAACCUUAUUUUUCCCCCCAAAGCAUGUCUCUAACUACAUUUCAGAGCCCUUCUUCGGCCUUACCUCGAAAUGAAAUACGGUAUUCCCUAUCAACAUGGAAUGCGUUCUUUCCCAAUUGAUAUUCAUACUCCACCAAAUCGCAGUCCUUCAAAACGAUCUUCAUAUGUUUCAUUGUAUGACUCGGCAAGAGAAGAUUCCUAUCCAAAGUUUGUUUUUUUUUCUUACAAUUUAUAUAUUUUCCUAUUUUUAUUUUAAUCACAAUUUUCCUUCCAACGUUUUGAUAUAAUAACUCUAUCGUUUUUUUUUCUUUUCUCAAACCCCUCAAAAAAGCAUGUAUCCAAACCCUAAAUCGAUAUGCAUAAUACAUAUAUGUAACCAAAUAUUUAUUACACGUUGAAGAACGCGAUCAUUGUUAUCAGUAGGGCCGGGCCGAUAAAUGAGAGAAGACAUUUCGAACAAAAUGUGAACAACUUGUUGGAUUAGUGCAUGUGACGCGAUGAAAGAGAUAAGAAAUAUAUAACUUUUAAUUUACAGUGUUAAAUAUUACCGGUUAUAUAUUGUAUAUUUUCGAAAAACAAAAAAAAAACACAUUAAAAAUCGGAAGAAUAACAAUAUCUUAUGAAAUAAAUUAAUUGAUUUAGGGGAUUAUCGACAGCCACAAUUCGAGAAGAGGAUGAUACUCCGAAAAAACCAGUUCGUAAACUAACAAUCUGCGAUGAGACAACUGCAGAUGGAGAUGCGAAAAAUGCAGGAAAAUUUGUGGCCACUGAUAUUCAACCACAAUUUAUGCCAUGGCCAUCGUUUGAAGAGGUGAGAUUGAAAGGAGUUUUAAUUUAGAAAAAAAUCAAUUUUCCAGACCAAAGCAAUGCGUGACAAAUUGAAAACAAAGACGCCACUGAAUCUCGCCAAAACCACCGUCGAGGAAACAUUGAAAGAAUCGACAUCAUCGGAAGUUGAACCAAUGAGUAAGACAUCGAAAUUUGAAUAUAGACCAGCAGUUCCAAUUCAUAGAAAAUAUCAAAUUCAGGUAACUUUUCUCUCGGAAUAGUUAAUUAUAAACGUAAUUUUGUUACAGAACACAUUAAUGGAGCAAAGUGAAGAAAGUGAUGCGCAAAGUGAUUCAUCGAAAAAACGUUUCAGAAUAUCGGUAUCGCCAACAAAAACAUUGAAACCAACGGAACCGAAUGAGUAUGUUAUUUUUUCCAUCUAAAAUCAAAUGAUGUGAAAUUGAAGAAAAAGAACGCUAGAUAAUUGUCUUUGUCUUUUUUCGUUCUAGCAACUUGUUUUUUCUUGGUUCAUUUCUCAUCUUUUCAAUAGUUCAUUAGUUCCAGAAUCUAAAUUUAUAUUGCUGUACUUUUCAGACAUUCUCAACGAAAAUUGAUUCAUCAAGCAUCAUCAAGCAGUUCACUUCCUCAAAGCCGUCAAAGUGAUAUCAAUAAAAAUCCAGUUUUGAUUUCACCACGUGCUCCGCGAGUUCAAUUUGAUGAAGAUGACAGUCCACGACAAAUUGAUUGA